AUGUAGACGGAAAAGGCGCCUUCGUACGACGAAGUGCACUAGAAAGGAGUGCCAUGUUGACGCGGUUAUUCAGCGACGCGCAGAAGUUCCCAGCCUGGGCGGACGACAGCGGAAGCGACGACUCCAAGACGAAGGAUGACGAGCACGAGCGGGGGUCGCGCGAGGACGAUGCGGACGACAUGUUGGGCGACGCCAAGAGCACCAGUCGCGCGCAGUCGGAGAUCGCGGGGGAUGAGGAGGAGGACGAUGACGACGACGACGACGACGAAGGCGCCGACGAUGACGAGAACGGCGACAGACCGCGAAAACGCGGCCCCAAGAAGCGCCAGAUGACCCCGGCGCGCCUGGAGCGCUCCAAGCUGCGACGGCAGAAGGCAAACGCGCGCGAGCGCACGCGCAUGCACGACCUUAACUCCGCGCUGGACAACCUGCGCAAAGUGGUGCCUUGCUACUCAAAGACGCAGAAACUGUCCAAGAUUGAGACGCUGCGCCUUGCGAAAAACUACAUCUGGGCUCUCUCGGAGAUCUUGCGUAACGGAAAACGACCAGACGUCGUUUCGUACGUGCAGACAUUGUGCAAAGGACUCUCCCAACCGACUACGAAUCUGGUGGCCGGUUGCUUGCAGCUCAACGCGCGGAACUUUCUCACUGAUCUUUCGCAUCAAGAGAGCGCGGCGGCGCGGUUCCACGCCCCCGACGCGUCCUUCGCCGCCGCGGCGCACGCCUACCCGUACCAGUGCGCGCGCCUCGCAGGCCCUCAGUGCCAGACCGGCGCGCAUGGGUACUGCUAUGAGCCCGAAUACGCGGGCGCCGCCGAUUACGACGCACGACGCAGCCCGACGCCCACGUGCGUCAACGGUGGAUUCGCGCUGCGAUCGCACGAGGCCGUGUCACCGGAAAUUGCGGACCGGGGAUACCAUCACUACUCCAUGCACUACGCAGCUGCGCGCAGCCUCGCCUAUGGCCCGUCGGGAGCUCGGGGAGGCGGAAGCGGUGGUGGUGGUGGCGGAGGUGGAAGCGGUCAUUCGGAGAACGUUCCGCCGUACCACGACGUGCACGCGCACCACCACCACCACGAGCGCGCGCCCGCGUACGAGGAGCUGAACUCCUUUUUUUCAUAAUUGGAAAAACAAAUGUGUCCAUCGUCGUCUUCAUCGUCAAAAUAUUCGUGUGGGACUAAAAACACACACACACACAUGACCUUUAUAACAAACAC